UUUGGAAGUCGGCGUUAAAUUUUGUGUGAAAAAAAAAAAAAUAUAUUAUUUAGUGAUAAAUUUAUUGCUAUAAUUAAUUAAUUAAAUAAUGUCGUUAAUUAUUAAGUUGAGAUGUAUGACCCACAAUUUAAAUUGUAAAUUAAUAAGUCAGAGUUUUAAUUUGAGUGAAAGUAAAAAUUUAUUAUUGAAGGCACUAAGACCAGUAGCAGUAAAUAAUACAAAAUUUUUAUCAAAUGCGAACAAUAAACUAGAACCAGUGGGUGAUGUAGAGGAAAUUCAUCAUGGAAAUCUAUCAGGAAUAAUAAAAAAAGUUAAAAUUUUUUCAUUAAGCACCUCGGCGAUGACGUUACUGGUGCAGCCGUAUUUGAUACCGAAGGCUCUGGAGUCCGGAGGAGUAGGAGCUGCUACGGGUAUUUUUAUUACCUGCGGCUUGUUUGCGUUUUUUACACCGCUGAUGCUACACAUAAUUUCUGGUCGGUAUGUCACUGAUAUUUGUUAUGACAGCAAGAGGAAUAUUUAUAUUGCCAGUACUUGGACCAUGUUUUUGCGUAAGCGCAAGAUUGAAUUUACAGCAGAAGAUGUUGAAAAACCCGGAUUGGCCCAAAUACUAACAACUUGUUUCAUAAAAGGCAAGCCUUUGUUUUUUACAGUCGAAGAUUUUACUAAUGUCGAUCACUACACAAUUAUAAUGGGCUACGACAAGCCCAUGGAUUUUAGAUUUGAAAUCCCUCCGCAGGAAAUACCUGAGUCUGACACUAAAAUAAAAGUCAAAAAAGCUAAUUAAUUAUAGUUAUAAACGAAAUAAAAUAAAAUUUUUAUUAAUUUAUAUGGUAAUUAUAAUUAGUGAUAGUAUUUUAUGUACUAUAAAUAAA